AUGGAGUGUUACUACAUCGUGAUCAGCUCCACGCGCCUCAGCAACGGACACUUUCGCAACAUCAAGGGAGUUUUCCGGGGCCCUCUCGGCAAGAACGGGAACAAAACUCUGGACUAUGCUGAAAAGGAGAAUACCAUUGCAAAAGCUCUGGAAGAUCUGAAGGCUAAUUUUUACUGUGAACUCUGUGACAAGCAGUACUAUAAGCACCAAGAAUUUGACAACCACAUUAAUUCAUAUGACCAUGCUCACAAACAGAGGCUCAAAGAACUGAAACAAAGGGAAUUUGCUCGAAAUGUAGCAUCUAAAUCCAGGAAGGGUGAGAGGAAGCAGGAAAGGGCCCUCCAACGCCUGCACAAGCUGGCCGAGCUGAGAAAGGAGACUGCGUGUGCUCCUGGAAGUGGCCCCAUGUUCAAGUCAACAACUGUUACUGUGAGAGAAAAUGGUAGCGAAAUUUCCAGAAGAGUUGUGGAUUCAGUUAAUAAGCAGCAAGACUCUCAAUAUACUUUACUAGAGAGAGAAGAAAAUACUAACAAUGUCACCACAGUUGCUGCAGAUCCUGAAAGUGGAGACUGUACAGACAGAAAGAACCGAGCUGGGGACCGAGCCGAGGGAAUACACAGACACAAAAUUGGCUUUUCUUUUGCAUUUCCAAAGAAAGCAUCGGUGAAGCUGGAGUCCUCCGCCUCAGCCUUCUCGGAAAGCAACGAUGAUGCCUUGGUGGGAAAAGAAUUUAGCCGAAAAAGUAGGUUCGUCCCCAGUGCCUGUCACCUACAGCGAUUUUCACCAACAGAGAUGCUUUUGAGUUCUGAGGAGAAAGCUAACUCAUUUCAUCCAGCAGAGGCAACUGGCACUGACAAAGAAACUACUCAAAUUCAAGAGAUGAAAGACGUCUCUUGUGAAGGAGAUGUGUUAUUGUUGCCUCCGUUUUCCCGAGUACAGCUCCCCUUAUGUUCUGAUGUAGACAACUGCAAAACUUCAUUCCCAUUAGCAGAUCAAAUCUCACAGGAAGAUAUUACUGUCAGCGAAGUGGUACCUGUAAGUGGUAACAAUUCUGAGUUGUUAGAAAAUAGAUCUACAAUUCCUGAUCUGUCUAAUGAUUGCGUAUCUGAGCAAGCUGCUGCAGAGGAAAAUGUUAAGAAUAAUGAUGCAUCCACAAUUGAAACUGAAAAUAAAAGCGGUAUGGAGACACUGACCCCUACAAAUACUGAAGUGGAUAAUAUAACCUUACCUAAAAAGCAAGAUCUACAUAAAAGACAGUCUGAGCCAUUUGUCCCUGUACUAAAUAAACACGGAUCGACAGUUCUGCAGUGGCCAACGGAAAUGCUGGUUUACACAAGUACAGAACCAUCAAUUUCCUACAGUUGUAAUCCUCUUUGUUUUGACUUCAAGUCCACUAAAUUAAACAAUAAUCCCAAUAAAAGCAAGCUGCCUUUAAAUGAUCUUUGCUCUCAGCAGAAGGAAGAAGAUCUUUGCAAGCAACCAGUUUCAGAUUGCAAGGGCCUGACUGGGACAAGGUCCACAGAUUGUGAAAUCAGUUGCUCAGAAAAUGAAUUCACCCAGAUUGCUCCUAAUUUGGCAGUCAAUACUCUUUCCAAUAUAUGUGACUCUGGAAAAAAUGAGAAUAUGGGUCAGAGGCCUAGAAAUAUUUCUUGUAGGAUGAGGAAAACAGGAAAACAUAAUUUCACUAAGAAUCACAUGAAACAAGACUUUGUAGAUGAGAAAUACAACAAAAUAAGGUCGAAGGAUACUCAUGAACAUUGGUUCCAUAAAAGUAGAAGGAAGAAGAAAAGGACGUUCUGUCAGCAUCAUCACCAUGGGGAGAAAACCAAAGAGGAAACUCACUGCAAGAUGGAAAUGGAGAGUAGUGCCCCUGACAAAACUAGGAAAACCUUACUGGAAACAAUAUCAGAAAAACAGCAUUCAGGUCCAGAGCAAUUAUUAGACUCGUCUCAUUUACCUGAUAAAAGGCCUAAAUCGGCAUCUGAAUGCUUAAGUGAAAAUGAAGAAAUGUGUAACACCUGGAAGAUUGAUUACAAUAAUCACCAUCCUAUCAGUUCUGAAAAUGAAUGUACGAAGAAUGGGAUGCUGUUCAAUGGGCAGCCUAGUCCAGCAACGGUACAUCCUGGGAUGCAUCACUUAACAUACUCCAGAGCUUACUGCUGCUGGAAAGCCAGACUGUCAGGCUAUAGUCAGGAUCCCAGAUUCUUAGUUCUUCAAAAUGACACAAAACCUGUGAGCCACAAUCAGCCAGUUAAAAGAGGUUACAAUUCUCUCACGAAUGAAUCAGAACGAUUCCACAGAAAACGUAGACAACACUCACAUUCUUACUCAUCAGAUGAAAGUUUAAAUAGACAGUGUUGUCUACCUGAAGAAUUGUUGAGGUCUGCAAGUGCUUCGUUUGCUCCCUGUAAACCUAAAAAGAAACGAAGAAGAAAAAGAAGCAGAUUGCAGAUGGGAAGUGAAACUUUGGGUGUUAAUGAAAAUGCAGAUAAUUCCAUGGAAAGGAGUUCUGUAAAUCACCUGGGCAGGUUCCUAAGUGAAGACAAAAAAGAAGGAAUAGAAGCACAAGAUGGUGCAGAUGCUGAAAGGAACUUGGAACCAACAGUCCACAAAGAAGACAAAUUGGUGUUAGAGCCUAGCGGCCUCCUUCUUUCUGAAAGCAGCCUGGAAGCUGAGCAUUCAGCGAUGGAGACCAAUCCUGGUGAAGCAUCAGAGGUUUCCAGCGAUCCCACCAAAACUUGUCCCCCAACAAAAGAAACAGAAGACACCGCCUCCCUGGAACACCAAGAAAGAAGCGAACCUACGAAUAUUAGUGAAAAGCAAAUUCCUUUCAAGGUGCCUAAUAGCGAAAGGACAUUCAGACAGUCACAGCCUAAAUCGUACCUUUGCCACUAUGAACUGGCUGAGACCCUUCCCCAAAGCAAGACGAAUGAGGCCUCAUCAGAGUGGCUGUGUUAUAAUUCAGGACUCCUUAACACACAACCGCCAUUACCUUUCAAGGAAGCACAUGUCAGCGGUCAUACAUUCAUUACAACCGAGCAAAUCCUGGCUCCUUUAGCAUUACCAGAACAAGCAUUAUUGAUCCCAUUAGAAAACCAUGAAAAAUUCAAAAAUCUACCUUGCGAGGUCUACCAUCACAUUAUACAGCCUAAUGUGCUGGCCAACAAGGUCAAACUCAGCUUUCCUGCAGCCCCCCUGCCACCGCCUGGCACACCUCUGCCGCCUCUGCCUCUGCAGCCACCUCUGUGCUCUACCUCCGUGACCACCAUCCACCACACUGUUUUGCAGCAGCACGCAGCAGCUGCUGCAGCUGCCGCUGCGGCCGCAGCCACAGGAACCCUCAAAGUGCUUCAGCCACACCAACAGUUUCUCUCCCAAGUCCCAGCUUUGUCCAGAACAUCUAUACCUCAGAUCUCAGUGGGCCCAGUUGGACCGAGGCUUUGCCCUGGGAACCAGCCCACCUUCGUAGCUCCUCCUCAGAUGCAGAUACUUCCAGCCUCGGUUCUCCAUCCUGGCCACCUGGCUUUUCCACCCAUACCCCACGCACUUUUUCCUUCUCUGCUUUCUCCACACCCAACUGUCAUCCCUCUGCAGCCUCUCUUCUAA